AUGCCUUUAACUGCUCAGCAUUCAUACUCAUUUGACCAUUCAUCCAUGGCUCCAACAGAUUUUGAUGAGGUCGCUCUUGGGCCUUCAAAACACAAAGACUACCCUCAACAGCAACAACAAAAUCCUCCUGAAUUUAUUGUCUCAACCGGCACCACGUCUCUCGUUCCACCUUCAUUGUCAACUUCUUCAACUUCAUCUUCAUCUUCAACUUACUCAUCUUCAAAAUCUUCUUCUCCAUCUCCUUCUUCAUCUCCUUCUCCUUCUUCUUCACCUCUCUUCUCAACCCCUAUAUACCUUCCUGGGAACCCUUCAAACACUAACGCUACCACUACCACUACUACCACCACUUCUUCUUCUUCUCCAAGUGUCCCAGCCUCUGGUAUCCCUCUUCAAUUAACAGACAGUUCUAGCUCUACUUCUAGUCUCAGAAGUUCAAGCGCUCGUUCCUCUACAAAUUCUACAGCAACCUCAAAUACUUCGGACGAUGAUGAGUAUGUGGAUCCAAUCACCAAACCAACCCCUGCGUCUUCUUCUGACGCUAACAAUAAUAAUAGCAAUGUAAACACUCCCAUCUUUAACAACAGCAACAGCAGCAACAACAACAACAACAACAUCCAACAAACAGUAGCCCCUUCAUACAGCCCUAUGGCAACCUCUCUUUUUCGAUCUCCUCCAAGCAGACGUGGAAGCACAAACACUGUUAUGUCCGUUGCUUCUUCUCUCGCUUCUUCAGAUGAAGAUCCAGAGGACCCUAUUUCUUGCGUCCCCCUGGCCUCAAACUCAGAUGGUACCAUCAUUGCUCCUGUUUCUCACAAACUGAAUGGCCAUCUUAUCCAGACUCUCAAGUCAAAAUCUUCCAUUUCUCUCUUGGCUCCUAAUCAAGCUGCCUCCCAAUCACGUUCUUCAAUCACUACCUCAGUAGUUCCUGCUCCUGCUUCUGCUACACAAGCUACUUUGGGGCCUGGCUUUUUACCAACAGUAGACCUCAAUAAGUCCUUUUCUAUCUCUGCUAAUUCAUCAUUUUCUACUACUUCAACUGCCUCUAUGUCAAGAUUUUCUUCUAAUCCAAUGUACAAUAACAAUGGCAGCUUGAGUAGCAGCACUUCUACAAUCACUCCUUCUACAAAUACCUCUCCAAGAGGAGUGUCCCAGUUGCACCGUACUAGCCCCAGAUCAUACUCUUACUCAGACGUUAGUACCGCCGCUACUGCCUCUUCUCCCAGAUCACCUUCUAAUGCCGUGAGAAAUGCUCCUAACUUUCAACAACCGGGCUCGCCUCCGUACUCUUAUUCCCCAACUUCUGUUUCAAACCAACGUAGCCCUGGAUAUUAUGCAAACCAGGCAAACCGUUCUUACAUUAAACCUUCUCAGUCUGCUAUUCUUUUGGCCCAAGCUUCACAGGCUUCUCAAGGGUUUAGAGUUACUCGUCGUUCAUCCGCUACACCCAAUUAUUACUCUGGGUCUGGUCAACAGAAGCAACAACCUCAACAACAACUUCAACAACCUGUUCAACUUAACUCACACAAUGUUUCUUCUCCUGGCAUGAAUCAACCGCCUUCGUCUAAAGCUGUUUCCUCUUCAUCUUCAAGUGUUAAUGUCUCACCCAACUCUAAACACUCUCACACACCUCUUAAAAACACUUCCCAAAACCUUAGACAUGCCGCAUCUUUGCCCCAUAUUGAUGGAGUACGUUCUGAACACCCGACUGUCCCAGAGUCUAUCAAUGAAACCGAUGCUUUUGCUCCUUUCCCAACAUCAAAGAAGAACCUUCAGCGUGCUCUCUCUAGUCGCCGCUCUAAUUCUUCUCUUUCUGCAUAUCCUCCCAAUAUUCUCCCUUCAUCCCCUUCUUCGUCCCAUCUAACUGCCUUGGCUGCCGCUACAGCCGCAGCUUCCGCCUCCUCUCCUUCCACUUUGGGCGGUUCUCAUGCACGUGGCUAUCCCAAACGGUCAAGUAGUGCUGCAAGUGUCCACAGUGCACCUGGUCUGAACCACUCUACUUCUCUUUCCAGCCUUAGAUCAGCUCCUCCUGAAAAUACUUCUUCUCAAAACUACCCAAAUUCACAGCAACAACAUCCCUCUCAACUCACUCCUCAGCAACGGUUCCGGCUCCGCCGGUCCCGCUCUACUACUAGACUCACCACAAAACAACUCGAAAUGCAAUUUGAUUCAGAGGAUUUUGAUAGCGAUAUUCCAAACGAUUCAUUGGCUUGGAACGUGCCCUUGUCACCGGCUCUUUUUGCAAAGACGCAGCUACAAAUGCAGGCUUCCACCACUCAAAAGGCCAAAAUGGCUUCAACCAAGUCUAGCAAGCACUCGCGUCGCCGCAACUCAUCCGGUAGCUCUUCUAGCAAGUCCAAUGGGGUUAUCCAGCCUUCUGCUUUGUCUUCAGCAGCAUCAUCUUCGUCGUCGUUAUCUUCUUCAUCUUCAUCUUCUGGAACAUCUACUCCAAAUCCUGCUAUCGACAAGUCUUUAAUUGCUAUCAAAGAAUCCGAGCCCACUGUUUUCUUUUCUAGUGCUGGGUUGGAAAAUCUCUGUGAGGAUGCUCGUGUUCUUACUAUGGCGUUCCAGGAAUUGCCUUCUGCAAAAACGUUUGAUGCAGAUUUAAAGCGUCGUGUCGAUCGUGCUUCUGCUCUUAAACUUCCUCCAAAGCAUCGCUCAUUCCCCGUUGCCAAUAUUCCUCCUGUGCGCCCAUCCUCUGCUUCUUCGCUUCCUGGCACCCUUCAGUCGCCAAUGUCUGCUUCUUUUGAUAGAAGUUCUAUUGCUUCUCUUCCCACAUCGGUGUUGAUGUCAUCUGAUUCCAAUUUGCCUAUUUCCAAAGAAAAGGAGGCUGUUUUAUCUCGUACAAGACCUUCAUGGCUUCCUCCCAAGUCUCCUGAGGAGGAGCGCAAGCAUGUUUUGGAGUUCCAAGCAAUGAUGGCUCGUGUUAAUGAGCAGGAAAAACAGCUUGAGACAAAGAAGCGCCACGAAGCUCAAGCUCGCGAAAAACAGCGCAAGAAGGACGAACAGGAAUGGAAAGUUCUGAUGCAGCCAGGAACUUUUGAUAAGGCUCUUGUGCUGAUGCAGGACUCCAAUCCUAAGAUUCGCGAAUUGUGGUGGCGUGGAGUACCUAGCAGAUAUAGAGCCCAAGUUUGGAAGGCACGCAUUGGUAACUCUUUGGGCAUUACAAAGAAGACUUAUGAAGGAGCUCUUAAGCGAGCCCGUGCACUUUUAAAAUGUGAGGCCCAACACGGUAAGCUUAAAGAAAAUAAUACCCUUGAAUCAGGGGAGUGCCUUACUGCAGAGCAGGAGGCGCGGCUGCUUGCCCAGUUUACCCAGAUGAAUGAAGACAUUGAGAAUACGUUCCCUGAACUUAAACUCUUUGAUCCUGAGUUUGGCCCAUAUUAUGAGUCGCUGGUUGAUGUACUUUAUGCUUUUGCCUUGUACCGCCCUGCAAUUGGUUAUCAGCGAGGCUUGAGCCACCUUGCGGCUGCUUUGCUGCUGAAUCUUGACCCUAUCGAUGCAUUUAUUGCACUGGCUAAUGUUUUAGGGGGGGCAUCAUCACACCAGGGGCAACAACAACACCACUCUGCACCAUCUGGUCCUAAUGAGGCAUCUUUUGCAUUGGGACGGGGAGGUGCACACUGGCAGCUACUUAGUGCCAUGUACACCCAUAAUGAGCGUGAGCUCACUGGCUAUUAUCAGUCUUUCCUCAAGGUGCUUCACAGCAAAAUGCCUUCACUGUAUAGACACUUUAAGAGCAUUCACUUGUCGCCUGGCUCGUAUCUUCAGCCCUUGAUUAUGCCCAUGUUUGGCGAGCACGCUCCUUCGGUUGAUAUUGUGUCUCGCAUUUGGGAUGUCUUGCUCUUUGAAGGUGAUGUUUUCCUGUUACGUGUUGCCAUGUGUGUGCUUGCCAAGACGGAACACCGCUUAUACCAAGAAACAACGGCUGGGGUUCUUUCAGUUAUUGGGUGGCCUGCAUAUGAUAGAAAUGAUUCUGAAAGUGAUGAAGAGCAAAACCAGGCUAAGGAAGAAGUGUUGAGUCGCCGUGGUUCGCGUGCUAGCAGUGCCAGUACUGCCAGCAUGACUGGAAACGGUCGGUACUUGAAUCUUGGUUCUGAGGAUUCGUUUAUGGUUUCAGUUCGCAAUGUUUUUAAGAACCAUUGA